AUGGAGAACUUCGAUGUCGCCCAGAUGCUUCUCAUUGGCUUCAAGUGUCUCUGUGAACUGUGCGCGGGUUCUGGCAGCUUGGUGCAAGUCUGGGGCCAGUGCAUGUCACUUCCUCUCCCUGCAGGCAGCCUGUGUGGUGAUGGCACAGGUGUGUGCUACCUGCUGCCUGUCUUCGACACCGUGUUUGUCAGGAGGACGUACCGUCGCCAAGGCCUGGGCAUGGCCAUGCUGCAGGACUUCUGUGAGACAUUUCGAGAGGACGAGGCUCUGGGCGUCAGUUGGCCAAUUUCUCCUGCCAUGUACCAAGUCUGCAGGAAGUUCCUGUUGGCCCACCCGGAGGAGCGGGGUCGCCUGUGGGAGGUGGAGCCCCCAGGAGCCUGGGGCCAGCGAGGCAGCAUCUGGCUGAAGGUUCAACUGCAGCAGUCAAGACCUCCAGACUCUCACCCAGGAAAUGCCAAGGAGGAUGUGAGCAGUCAAGGGCGGACGUCUCCAGAUGAUGGACCCAGACAGUCUGAAGAAGGCAAGAAGGAGAGGACCCAUGGAGAAUGGGAGGAGACAAAGAGUGGUCAGGACUGCGGAGUGAAAGAAGCAGCAGCGGGGCGGCUUGGACGAGCCUGCGGGGCCAGGCCGGAGGGUAAGGAGGCCAAGAGAACUGCAGUGGAUGCGGGGCUGGCCUGGGGGUCCCAGCAGAAGCACCUGGGGCCCAGCUCCUGACUCUCAGAGGCAAACCCGAAUCUCGUCGAGAGGCCUGCCUGGGCCCCAGGGGACAGGGGUGUGAGAGCUGCUUCUGUCACUCCCUGCUCGUGUGCCUGGGAGCUGGCUUCUGCCCUUGCUGUGCUGUCCUUUGAGGAGAAAGGGACGGCACAGACCCCACCCACCUCAGGCUUGUUUUGUGGGUUCAGGUGAUAGAAAGCCUAAGAAAGUGCUUCAUCCCUCAAGCACAGAGAGCUAUGCAGGCCGCUGUUUUCCUGAGCUCAGAUCCCAGAAUCGUGUUUGUAAACUUAAUACGGUUUCUGUUACUCGGGAUGAAUUCGUAAAGACUGUACUGGAACCACUGGAAUAUGCCUCUUUCUUGAGUGCAAGGAAACUCCGAGAAGGGCCACACCCAUUGUGGUCUGCGCUGCAGAACUCUGUCUCAGGUUUGCCCCCACCAGCCAGAUGUCACUGGGAGACCACAGGCACCAGAGGGGUUUCUAGGGGAGACACAGUUCUUUUCCAGAGAAGCUUCCGUGACGAGGGCGGUGGCCCGGACUGCCUGAGGCACACAGUUCGUUGGCGCCUCGCCCGCAUCUGGCCGAGUGGGCUCCAGGCGGGCAUCAGGAUCUUAGCCGUCACUUCAUUCAGAGGGGAAGCCACCAGAGGGGCUUUGUGCUGCUGGCCCUCCAGCCUACGGCGCCGUGAGGGGAAAGGCUUGUACUGGUCAAGGCGAUUGUGAUGCUCCUUCCCUCCUCAGCCACUGUCACCCCCUGCUCGGGGCAUGUGCUUGUGGAUUCGGAGCUGAGCUGAGGACCCUGCCUGUAAGACCCCGGUGAGGACAGACGAGGCAGGCCUUCCACAGGGUAAGGCGCGGUGCAGGCUGCUUCCUGCGGCCCCAGAGCCUGCUCCCUGGAAACUGCCGUAGGCCUUUCUCUGCAGCUGGCCAGGCCUCACUGAUGGUCAGUUGGGUUCUUAACCUUCCAACCGGCGGGGGCUGGCUGGGUCGUCUUGGGGCAGGCAGCCCCGUCCCAGCCCCUACUUGUGGGUGAAUGCACAUCUGAUCUUACCACUGGGUACACCCCUCUGAGGCUUUAUCACUGUCUUUGGAGCACCUGGGGCCCUGAUGACUCUGCCUUGAGCAGAGUCGGCCUUGCCUUCUGUAUCCCGGCUGCCUGGGCUUUCCUGUCCUCAGACACACUUGUGCUCUUGCUUUGGGGUCAGCACUCAUGCACUCGCUCUGCCCUGGGCAUGUGCCUUUCCCUCCCUCCCUCCCUCUGUCCUUCUGUCUCUCUUUCUCUCUCUGUCCUCCUCUGUCUCUCUCCCCCCCCCACCUGUGAGCGCGCGUGCACACACA